CCAGCCCGCACGGUGGCGCUAACGAUUUGUUUGGCUUUAGGCAUACAACCCCACGAGAAGGAAUGCUAAGCUCGAGUGAGAAGUCCACAUGAGGUGAUGCUGCAUGUGUUACGCUGUCCUCUGAAGAGGACUCGUAUCUCUUUACAAUGGAUGAGUCUACGUGGCUUCUGCUCCACCAAGCCUCACAUACUUCAGGGCGAGGACUCCACACAAACCCGCCUGAACCCCCUUAACAUCCAGAUGCUGUCAAAAGGUCUUCACGAGCAGAUCUUUCGAGGGCUGGAGCCAGAAUACAGAGAGGAGGCUGUACAGCGCAGCAUAAGGCACUUACAGAAACACCAGCUGUGGGGAAAGGACACCUCACUGUUGCCUGAUGUCGACCUGAAACUCCCCAAAAUGUAUGGCAAUGACAUUGACGAGCACUUUUGUCACUUGGCCCAGACACAGAGCCUUCCCUACCUUGAGGCUGCCACCAAGCUGAAACUGGCAGAGCUACCACCCAUGCCUCAGGAAUGGAGCUGGGAGGUCGGCUGGACACGCUAUGGGCCCACUGGGGAGAGUCAGAAAGUAGAUUUUCCAGAUGAGUCAGCUCUCGUGUUUGAUGUGGAGGUGUGCACAACGGAGGGACAGUGUCCCACUCUGGCUGUUGCUGUUUCUCCAACCAACUGGUACUCGUGGUGCAGUAAGCGUCUGAUUGAAGAGCGAUACUCCUGGUCAUACCACCUGACCCUUGCUGAUCUCAUUCCCCUAGAGACACCUUUCAACUCUGCUCGCGCUCCAGGGGGUAAAUGGAAGGAGAGACUGAUUGUGGGCCACAAUGUCAGCUUUGACCGGGCUCACAUUAAGGAGCAGUACCUAUUAAAGGGUUCAAAGGUGCGCUUCAUGGACACCAUGAGCCUUCACAUGGCCAUUUCAGGGUUAACCGGCUUCCAGCGCACACUGUGGAUGGCCAGUAAGCUGGGUAAAAAGAGGGGUCUUCAGGAGGUCAAGGAACACAUUAAGAAAGCUGGGAAGAAACACGAGGGCCCAAUGAUCGGCUCCUGGGACUGGGUGAAUAUUAGCAGCAUUAACAACCUGGCUGAUGUCCAUGCUCUGUAUGUGGGAGGGCCGCCACUGCAGAAAGAAGCCAGAGAGACCUUUGUGAAGGGGAGCAUGACGGAUGUCAGGAACAAUUUCCAGGAGUUAAUGCAAUACUGCGCCCUUGACGUUAAGGCCACACAUGAGGUCUUCACAGAACAGCUGCCCCUCUUCAUGGAGAGGUGCCCUCAUCCAGUCACGCUUGCAGGGAUGCUGGAGAUGGGUGUGAGCUACCUUCCCGUCAAUCAAAACUGGGGGCGAUACCUGGAAGAUUCUCAAGAUGUUUAUGAAGAGCUUCAGAGAGAGAUGAAGAAGUCUCUGAUGAUUGUAGCGGAUGAUGCGUGUCAGCUUCUGGAGAAUGACAGAUACAAAGAAGACCCCUGGCUUUGGGAUCUUGAUUGGGACGUGCAGGAGUUCAAGCAGAAGAAAGUUGCAGCCAGCAAGAAGAAAGGCUCCAAAAAAGCAGAUAACAAACAAAUCGCCACUCCUCUUCCAGACUGGGAGGAAGACCCAGGUCCACCAUCUGAAGAAGAGAUGGACGGCCCUCGCCCCAGCCGGCUAGCUGUUGAGAACCUAAAAGAAACAGUGAAUCGACUUCCAAAGAGAAGGCAGCAUCUACCUGCACAUCCAGGGUGGUAUCGUAAGCUGUGUGAGAAGAUGUCUGACGACAGCUGGUCACCUGGAGCCAGUCUGAUCAGCCUGCAAAUGCGACUGACACCUAAACUGAUGGGUUUGACUUGGGAUGGUUUCCCCUUGCAUUACACAGAGAAACACGGGUGGGGGUAUCUGGUACCUGGACGCAGGGAUAACCUCGAUUCCCAGGAGGAAAACACCGGCCCCGUGUGUGUGGAGGAAUUAAGUUCCCUGGAAAGCCAGAUGGAGGAAAACGCCCUCAGAAUGAGAAAAAGUGUAGAGAAGAACAAAAACGGGUCUACAGAUCCACUUUAUAUGAAAGAGGGGAGUCCUUGCCAUUAUCACCAUGGAAACGGCCCCUACAAUGAUGUCGAUAUACCAGGUUGCUGGUUUUUCAAAUUACCUCAUAAGGAUGGCAAUCACAACAAUGUCGGCAGUCCGUUCUCCAAGGACUUCCUGUCCAAGAUGGAGGACGGCACUCUGAGAGCAGGAAGAGGUGGCACCAAUGCAACACGAGCUCUGGAAAUCAACAAAAUGAUGUCUUUCUGGAGGAAUGCCCAUAAACGUAUAAGUUCUCAGAUGGUGCUGUGGCUCAGAAAAGGAGAGCUUCCCCAUUUUGUCAGCAGACACAAAGAUUUCGAUGAGGAGGGCCAGUAUGGUGCCAUAUUACCUCAGGUCGUUACUGCUGGAACGGUAACGCGUAGAGCUGUGGAGCCGACGUGGUUGACUGCCAGUAAUGCACGGCGGGAUCGGGUAGGCAGUGAGCUAAAGGCCAUGGUGCAGGUACCACCUGGAUAUCACCUGAUAGGAGCGGAUGUAGAUUCACAAGAGUUGUGGAUUGCCGCAGUGCUUGGAGAGGCUCACUUUGCAGGCAUGCACGGUUGUACAGCAUUUGGCUGGAUGACCCUCCAGGGAAAGAAGAGUGAAGGCACCGACCUGCACAGCCGUACCGCUGAUGCUGUGGGCAUCAGCCGAGAGCACGCAAAGGUGUUCAACUAUGGACGCAUAUAUGGCGCCGGGCAGCCCUUUGCUGAGAGGUUGCUCAUGCAGUUCAACCACCGCCUCAGUCAGACAGGAGCUGCCAGGAAGGCCAGACAGAUGUAUGCCCUAACAAAAGGUAUACGCAGAUAUCAUUUGUCAGAGGACGGCGAGUGGCUGGUGAAUGAACUGGGUAUAGAUGUGGAGCGGGAGGAAGAUGGAAGCGUCUCCCUCCAAGAAUUGCGGAGGAUCACUAGAGUGGCUUCACAAUCUUCUCGACGGAAAAGAUGGGAUAUUGUUGGGAAGCGUCUGUGGGCUGGAGGUACUGAGUCGGACAUGUUCAAUAAGCUGGAGAGUAUAGCCCAUUCAAAGAACCCGGCCACUCCUGUUCUAGGCUGCAGGAUCAGCAGAGCACUGGAGCCCAAGGCGGUUAAAGAUGAGUUUAUCACCAGCAGAGUGAACUGGGUGGUUCAGAGCUCUGCAGUGGACUACCUCCAUCUGAUGUUGGUGGUCAUGAAGUGGCUCAUUGAGGAGUAUAACAUCGAUGGCCGCUUCUGCAUCAGCAUCCAUGAUGAGGUGCGGUACCUGGUCCGCAGUGACGACUGUUACCGAGCAGCUCUGGCACUUCAAAUCACAAACCUCCUUACAAGGAGUAUGUUUGCUCAUGCUUUAGGCAUGCAGGACCUUCCCCAGUCUGUAGCCUUCUUCAGUGCAGUUGACAUUGAUCAGUGUUUGAGGAAGGAGGUCAACAUGGACUGUGUGACUCCCUCCAAUCCCACAGGUGUGGAACGAAAGUACGGUCUACCGCCUGGUGAGGCCUUGGACAUCUACCAAAUCAUCGACAUCACUAAAGGCUCUCUAAACAAAGGGAGAUAGCUCUUUGUGGACCAGACAGCUUUUAUUCCAAACAUACAACUGCCAGGACACCGUUCGCCCACUGCUGCAGUCUGGACGUGCGUGUGUGUGUGUAGCAGUGGUGCCCAGUAUGACCUCACUGUUUCCUCUUCUUCUGUUUGGGUUCUUGUGUCUCGGUGGUGUCCUGUGACUCUGUGGUCUGAGAGCAAUGGAAGAACAAAGACAAACAAACAAAGAGAGGGUGUUGAAGGGAAAAAUGAUCUACUUUUAGCUCAGAGCAUUCAAAGCAUCAAGCUACAUGCACAUUUCAACAGUGGGAACAGUGUGGAUAUGGAGUCAGUUUUAUGGACUCGUAUAAUAAAGUAAAAGUGGAGAGAAGAUGCUGUUGUGUAUGUUGAACAGUAUUGAAGCUCCUGUGGAGCUGAGCUAGCGCUUACCUCCUGACUGUCAUCCUGUUCCUGCAGGGCUGCGUCCAGAGUAGCGGCAUUGAUGCGGAAAUCUCUCGAAGUGCUCAGCUUCAUGUACUGCAUCAAGUUUACCUGGAAAAACAUGCAGAUAGAUUUUACAGUGUUCAGAGGCCUGCAGAGUUUUCAAAAAAUGUAUAUAUUUUUUCAAUAUUUACACAAACCUUUGAUUUCUUUGAGAGUGUGAUGAGAUACUUCUCAUACUGCUCAAUGCUGAAGAUCAGGUUGGGGAUAGCUUUAGUCUCACGCAAAAGUUUUGCCUUCCAAGAGGAAAAACAUAACAGACUUGUUUAUAUUUCUUUGUAUGCAUAUAUUUCAUUAUUCUAAAAACAAAAUUUGUAUUGUUCAGUCCUCAUUCAUUAAAUUUACAAGAGGCCUUACAGAA